CUGGGUGUGCCCAGCCUAGAUUGCCUGACUGAUCACCUCCGGUUCUAACAGGGCCAGUUUCUCCACACCGCCGCUCGCGCCUAUUGUGUCAGGCAGGGUGGACUCAACAGUGCAGCCCCACAGGUGGCACCAGCUAAGUGAGGUUCCCGCCAGGCUAUGCAGUGGAGCGCCGCACAGCGCGCCUUCCAGCCUCCUAGCCGCCGCCCAAGCAGUUCCUACCCAACGCUAGCAGACCUGCUCGGUCGAUCUUCGAGACGAAGAUGCGGCGGGGGUGGAAGAUGGCUCUGUCUGGGGGGCUGCGGUGCUGCCGCCGGGUACUGUCCUGGGUGCCAGUGCUCGUUAUUGUCCUCGUCGUGCUCUGGUCCUACUAUGCGUACGUCUUUGAACUCUGCCUGGUGACUGUUUUGAGCACAGCAGAAAAGGUUAUCUACCUCAUACUCUACCAUGCCAUCUUCGUGUUUUUUGCCUGGACCUACUGGAAGUCUAUCUUUACACUCCCACAGCAGCCAAACCAGAAGUUCCACUUGUCCUAUACAGACAAGGAGCGCUAUGAAAAUGAAGAGAGACCCGAGAUCCAGAAGCAGAUGCUCAUUGAUAUGGCCAAGAAGCUACCAGUUUACACAAGAACCGGGAGCGGAGCUGUACGAUUCUGUGACCGGUGUCAUCUGAUCAAGCCGGACCGCUGCCACCACUGCUCUGUCUGUGCUAUGUGUGUUUUAAAAAUGGACCAUCACUGCCCUUGGGUUAAUAACUGCAUUGGAUUUUCCAACUACAAAUUCUUCCUGCAGUUCUUAGCUUACUCUGUUCUCUACUGCCUGUAUAUUGCUACAACAGUCUUCAGCUAUUUCAUCAAAUAUUGGAGAGGGGAAUUGCCCAGUGUUCGCUCUAAGUUCCAUGUCCUUUUUCUCCUCUUUGUGGCCUGCAUGUUUUUUGUCAGCCUUGUGAUUCUAUUUGGUUACCAUUGUUGGCUUGUCAGCAGAAACAAAACUACCUUAGAGGCCUUCUGCACUCCAGUGUUUACAAGUGGCCCAGAAAAAAAUGGAUUCAACCUUGGCUUCAUCAGAAAUAUCCAGCAGGUGUUUGGAGAUAAUAAGAAGUUCUGGUUAAUACCUGUUGGGUCCAGCCCUGGUGAUGGACACUCCUUCCCUAUGAGGUCUAUGAAUGAGUCACAGAACCCACUGCUAGCAAAUGAAGAACCCUGGGAAGAUAAUGAGGAUGAUAAUCGAGGACCCAUCAUCUCCCAUGAGACUUACAGAAUUCAGUGUUGGGAGCCAUUCUAAUCUUCAAAACAACUCACCAUAUUGGACUGAAAUCUUCAGAAAUUCAAAGCAUUUCAUCAAAUACUUGUUGUGCAGAUGUGUCAGGACUUUAAAUAUUAUUUAAUUUACUGACUAAAUUCCAGUUUAGCAACAAUUACUUUUAAACUAAUUUCUUUUUCUUUCUUACUCUUUUCCCAAUCCAUGAAAGCCCUGUAAAACAUAUAUUUUUACAAUCAUCCUUUCAGGCAAAAGAGAACUUAAAAGAUUUCUUUUGAGCCUUAAUUCUCCCAGAAAGACUAUCACAUCUACAGGGUCUAUUUGGUAACGAGGGGAAUUGGAAGACAUUUGCUGUUCGUGUGCAUGUGCAUUUAUGAACAUGUAUUUUGCAGCAUAGCUAUACAAAAUUCUGCCAUAAUGUCAUAAAAAUUAAGGUUAAAAAAACAGAGCCUUUAAUUAAUCAUGCUUCUCUCCUAAAGAGAAAUUUAUAUAUUUGCUGAGCUUUCAACUUUCCCCAUGUCAGAUAUCUAAAAUUUGAGAGGAAGAUUCAGUACAUUGUGACCAAAGACCUCAAAUUGAGAAUUUUCACAGAGGCUCCUGGAAGCAUUAUAGGUGAUAUACAAGAUCAAAUCGAAUCAGAUUAGAUUUCUACUUUUUUAAACAUAAAAAUUAAUGUUUUAAAGACUUAACACUAGGCUGUGGUAAGAUUCUCCAGUUAUUUUUAUUCAUUCCUCUGCUGCCUAGCUUUACUUUAAUCUUCAUAUAUUACUUUUAUGAUGAUGAAAGAAAAAUAAUAAGCCUAAGUUGUGGACCACCAGUUUUAUAAAGGUUUUAAGGGUGAUUUUCAGGUGUAAUUACAGUCCUGUUCAAAGGGGUAAAGUUUCACAGCUGACAUUAGCUGAGGGUUAGCAGAAGAUCUGCAGUUUCCCAGCAGGAGUUAAUGUACAGAUAGUGAUAACUGAACAGUAAUAUGUCAGUUCUUUUUUUUAAGUUUUAGUGGCAGCUCAGCCAUUAAGAUAGUUUAUAUCCAUUUCCCCAUUUAUUUAUAAUCAUCCUUUCUCUCAGUCCCAGUGCCUGAAUCAAUGAGUAUGGAGACUAAUGAUGCUUCUUUAGAAUAAUACUUAAGAGUAUUGAUGUUUUUCACAUUUUAACCAGUGCUGUAGCUCCCAGCUGCUGACAAUUAAACCCCCAACUCUUACAGAGAUCAGUGGAAGUUAGAGGUAUCUUACAGAUAUCAAAGAAUUGAACCUCUGGUAGGAUGGUUUGACUUACUAAAUUAGCUUCCUGAAAUCUUUUUGACUGAAAAAGAAAGUUAGUUGCCUGCCCCAGAUAAGUCAUUGUUAAGGUUCCAGUGCAACCGAGAAAGUGAGCAAUCCAGCUACUUAAAACAAUAACAAAACCUGUUUAUUCAGACCCCACAAAUACUUUUGACUAAAGUAAGACUUUUAGCAUAAAAUAAAUGGAUUUUGGUCAGCAUUUCAUUGCAGAGAAUACUAAAUAUGACUAAAUCUAUUAGGAGCAGAAGUAAGGGGUUUUGUCUCAAACUCAGAAGCUAAGGAACAGCCUAAAAGACUUUAUACACGGUAUUUCUUGAUGAAAUCUUAUAUGUUCGAAUUGAAAGAUUUUCCUUCCGUCCAUUCUCUUUCUGAAACACUUCUCUUGUUCAGGUUUCUCUCAAAAGCUUAUUUAGCUGUCUGCAUGGUUUUAUGGUGGACAAGUUUUGGUUUCUAUUCCUAUACAAAUAUACCUUUCUAUAAAAGGAGGAAGAUUGCUUACUCCACAGCUAGUAGGCCUCUAAGCAAUCUUCCUCUUUCCCAUCUGUCACCUUCUGCUAAGAGUUUAGGCAGAGCAGCUGCUAUAUAUGAUUCAAAGUCAGAAAGGCAUGAAGAAUUUCUCUGCUGCAUAGAGUGUAUCAACACUGAGUGUCCUCACAAAUUAGAUCACAAAAACAGUGUCAGCAAACUGAAGGGAAUCACUGGAAAGGUAAAGCUCUGGAUAGCUAUAAUGCAAGGCUGAUUGUUUAGUGUCUAACCUUAACCCUAUUUGCUGUUUUCCAAAAGGUCAGAUAAAUCAGAGUUUUACUGCAGGACUUGGACAAAAAAGAAACCCUAUCGCUAUCUUAGCACUUUGAUCUUAUUAGUUUGUAGAAUGAUAAAAUCCCUAUCUGUGGAUCAUUUGAGUAUUGCGCAUUCUGCAUAGCCAUUCAACUGGUUGAUUAUCCAUCAAGAAGAUAGACAGGUUUAUUUAAUAAUAAGCCUGCCGUGAUCUGGCUCCUUGUCUUUCUUUUCAAUGGAACCUCGUCCAAUAACAUCUGUGGGAUCUUAUUCCUUCAUUUAUGGUAAUCUUUUUUCCUGUUUGCAACAUGAAAGUACUCAUUGUUAAGGUCUUACAUCUGAAAGGUGCUAUGUAACUCCCUAGUGCUCUUAUAUUUCUUUAAUUGCAGUACUGGGGUGGAAAGUUUAACCAUAAUGGUAUUUCUAAGUAACAUGCUUUAGUCUUUCUUCUACUCUUUCAUUGCUGACUUUGCUUGGACAGCUUAGAGUACUUUGUUAAUGUUCCUCUAUUUGUUAUGGCAAUGUUCUUGGAAAGAGACAGAAUAGAAAUUAUUUUUCCUGUGGUAGAGCUGGAAAAAUUAAGUGUAAGAAAGAGAUGUAAUGCUAUCCAAAAGCGCAUAGAUGUGCUUAUGGUUGCAGGGUCCAGUACACAACGACUUGACAUCCUAGUACUGGAAUCAGCAUAGAGCAGCUUAGAACACUGAUAACAAUGAAGAUAGGAUCACAUUUCAAAAUAGCCCAACUUUGCCCAGAAUAUUAAAGUAUGAAAUUUAUAGAACUCUUAUUUUUUAAUUCCGUAUGUGCCCCCUUUUCCCAUUGGCCUUGUGUGACACAUAAAUUCCUCAAUAUAUGGCACUGGCCAGGGCCAUAAUCUCCUGUAGCACCAGUAAAGCCCAACCUCAGGGCUAUUUCUGCCAGGAAAACAAUGUGCUUCCCCAAGUUUUUGCCUAAUUGCACAGACUCUAGUCAUUUAAAUUAACAGAGAUUCAAGCAGUCAUAGAGUAUGAAUGUUGAUUAUUAAUUCAGACCUAAAAUGUAACAAGGCCCCAAUACACAGGAAUAUAAACCAUUUAAAGCCUAUCUCUUUCACAUCACAUCAUAUAUAUUUAUGUAUAUUCACAUGCACAUGCACAGCCUGGUGUGAUAGUGCAUGCCUAUAAUCCCUGAACUC